GGCUCUCCUUCUUCCAGAUGCUGUCCCAGCUGUACGACCUCAAUCGGUGCCGAACGCCGCAGGGUACAUUCGGAACCUGCGGAGACAUCACGCGCUGUAUCUACCUGCUUCUAGACUUUUCGCGGCUCCGGCAGUCCAUCUGCUUUCAGAACUUGGUCUUUCCCGGAGUGUGCUGCCCAGGAAGGACGCCGGCGUCCCUGGAAGAGCCUUUCACGGAGUCCAACUUCAUCGCGGUCUCCGUGGUCGAAGGUUCCAACAAGUCGUCGACGACCUCGAUGUCGACCGCCUGGACCACGGCGUACCCGGUCGGGACGGCGACCACGCGUAGGCCGCGGCCGACCACCACUCGGAGGGCCCAGUCGAGGCCACCUUCCUCGUUCACCGUCGCACAGGUGGUGACGAGCCCCGUCAUAGUUACGACUGUUACCAGCAGGCCCACAACAAUGGUCUUCAUCGACCACAUUGCACAAGUACCCAGGCCACGCCCACCGAGGCCUCCACGGCCUCCAAGGCCACCCCCCAGACCUCCUUCUGCCCCUCCUCCUUCACCACAGCCGAUGCCUUCGCCUGCGAUGCCUCCACCGUCCGUAGCCCAGUUGCCAUCGGUGGCGCUGUCUGGACCCUCUCCGCUCUUGCCACCACCAGCGCCCACAAGGCGUUGUGGUCACGCCGGUCGGGACGGCAGAAUUGUCGGAGGCCAUGAAGCGUCGCCAGGGCAAUGGCCUUGGAUGGCUGCCAUAUUUCUCGAAGGUCGACGCGGACGAGAAUUCUGGUGCGGCGGGGCUCUCAUCAACGAGCGCUACGUUCUCACAGCCGCUCACUGCCUCUCCCAUCCAUCGGGAUUCAGGUACCGUCCCGCGAAGCUGAGCGUGCGUCUGGGCGAGCACCAUAUCUACAGCGAUCGCGACCACGCGCACCCAGUGGACUUCCGCGUCGACGCAGCGCUGCAGCACCCGCGUUUUGCCCGGCACGGCUUCUACAACGACAUCGCGCUGCUGCGUCUCGCGGAAUCAGCGCAGUUCAACGAGGCCGUGCGUCCGAUCUGCUUGCCGGAGGCCACCGCCACUGCCGCCUCCUCGACAACAGCAGCGACGUCCACAGCGGGGGCACCGAAGGCACGGGACCCCAUCGCGGGUCUCAUGGCCACCGUCAUAGGAUGGGGAACGCUGUCAUACGGCGGUUCCAACAGCGGCACUCUGCAGCAGGUGUCAUUCCCCAUCUGGCACAACGAGGAUUGCGACAGGCGCUACGUGCAGCCAAUCACGCGCGGUUUCCUCUGCGCCGGAUACAUCGAGGGAGGCAAGGACGCCUGUCAGUAUCAUAUUCGGAGGUGA